CAGACCAUCAGGCUGCGCAUUCUUAGCUGGGGACUAAUUUCCAGUCCUCCACUUGGGUCUGGGUAAACAGCACCGCCCCGAUGGUUGUUUGUUUAAAGUGUGGAACGAUCCAUCGCAGAGCGCCGGGCUCGAUUGACACUGUCUGCUGAUCUGCUACUGCGGAUUGCUCAGAAUAACACGGCUGCUCGCUAAUUCCCGUCUAUCGGGGCUUUCGCCGAAACACCGAGAGAGUAGGGUCCAAAAAAAGCCAACAAGGCAGGCAAGAACGCCGCGCCGCCGGAGUCCGCACCCCAGAAUGGCUUCAGGAGACCUUUACGAGGUGGAGCGGAUCGUGGACAAAAGGCGGAACAAGAAGGGUAAGUGGGAGUACCUGAUCAGGUGGAAAGGUUAUGGAAGUAAGGAGGACACCUGGGAGCCAGAGCACCACCUCCUGCACUGCGAGGAGUUCAUAGACCAGUUCAACAGUUUGAGACUGCACUCACACAAACGACCCAAAGUUCCAAAAAAUCGUCAAGAGUCCCUCAUCACAAGCCAGCCAUCUGCUACGGAAAACUCCAGAGCUCGGUCCGAGGCCCGAAAGAAGAAAAGGACUUGUGGCCCAGCUGUUGGGGUUAGAGUCGGAGCUGUUCUAGGGAUUGGGAGUGGAGGGAAGCAGAGGAAGGUGGGUGUUGGACCUGGGAAACAUGCUAUAGGGGACAGAAUUGGCAGAGCCAUGACAUACAAGGCUCCUCCAGCAGGAGGGCAUCACUUUGUUCAUCCAGUGAGGGUUCCUCACAACGGACUCCAGAACGGAGAGAUGGAUCCUCACGUGUACAGGACAGCAGCAAGGUCACAUAGACUGCCCUCGGACAGAGCGGAUGGAGAGCUAGGAGACAUGGACACCACUGGACAGCAGUUCACUACUGAGCUAGGCUCCCCUCUGGCUAACGGCAAGAUGCAUCUACACAGCUCAGUAAAGCGGAAGCUUGCUGAGGAGAAAGGCUACGUGUUCGACAAGCGGCUCAGGUACAACGUGCGACAGAACGAGAGCAACUGUCGAUUCCGAGACAUCGUUGUCAGGAAGGAGGAAGGCUUCACGCAUGUGCUGCUGUCCAGCCAAACGACAGACAACAACUCUCUGACACCAGAGAUCAUGAAGGAAGUGUGUCGAGCUCUUGGUAAUGCAGCUGCUGAUGACAGUAAAUUAUUGUUGCUCAGCUCUGUGGGGACUGUUUUCUGCAGUGGCCUGGAGCCAUCGUACCUCAUAGGUCGUCUGUCCACUGACCGCAGAAAAGAGAGCAGCCGCAUCGCUGAUGCUGUACGGGAGUUUGUGCUGGCAUUCAUCCACUUCAAGAAACCCAUUGUGGCGGCAAUAAACGGACCUGCUCUGGGCUUGGGGGCCUCCAUCCUGCCCCUGUGUGAUGUGGUGUGGGCCAGUGAGAGGGCCUGGUUCCAAACUCCAUGUGCUGCCCUCCACCUCACCCCCUCUGGAUGCUCCUCCUACACCUUCCCCCAGAUCCUGGGCGUAGCUCUGGCCAACGAGAUGCUGUUCUGUGGAAGAAAACUCACGGCACAAGAAGCAUGCAGUCGAGGUCUGGUGUCACAGGUCUUCUGGCCGACCACAUUUAACCAAGAAGUGAUGCUGCGCGUGAAGGAAAUGGCAUCAUGCAAUGCAGUGGUUUUAGAAGAAUCUAAAUGCCUGGUGAGGAGUAUCCUCAUGUCAGUCCUGGAGGAAGUGAAUGAGAAGGAGUGUCAGAUGCUGAAGCAGCUGUGGUGUUCAACCAAAGGACUAGAGGCGCUCUUCAGUUACCUGCAGAACAAGGCGUUUGAGAAGUGAUCAUCCACACCCAGAUCGAUGUUGGUCAAGGGUUAUCUGCAGAGGGAGAUCCAGGUUUAUGAUUUGAUCUCAAACGGAAGGAAAGGUGCGCUAAGGGUCUUUGUUUCCAUCCUUCGGCAGAGGGAAUUCUCUGGAGUUCUGUUUGCUUCUAUAUCUACCAACAACAACAUCAUGGUCUUCUACUUUUAUAAAUCAACUUAUAUUUUAUAUUUAUUGAUCCCACAACUGUCCAGAUGUUAAUUAGGAGUUAAAGAGCAAAUAUGCAUUGCUUAAAUAAACACUGAAAGUGGCUCUUCAGGGAGGUACAGAGUGUUUUUUGUACAUAUGUGUGACUUGAAAUUAUCAGGAUGUAUGAAAUCAAUGUGUCUGAUAGCACACGAUAAAUAGGCGAUAAUAUAUAUUAAUAUAUAUUUAUUUCAAGCGUGUAAAGAAGUUGCUUUCUUGAAUAUGUGGAUUUUCUUUAGUCGCUUAUUGUUUGAGCUGAAGUGUAAAUAUCAGCGUACGCAUGAGGACACUGUUUCUUGCUCCUUACAUGCACAUUCCAUCCUCUGUGUAUGGACCGGAGAAAACUGGCCGCACAUGCUCAUUCAUGCCACUGGAUCACUGUCGGUGACUGUGUUAAAUUUCACGAAAGUCGCUAUUCAUCGCUCAUACUGUAAAAGUUCUUAUUACACAGAAAAGACAUCUUGUUUGCCAGUACAUUUGUUAUCAUUAUCAUAAUCAGCAUAAAUUUGCUUCCGUUACUUGAAUUCAAGAUUAAUGCUGUGUGCUAAUGAGACCGUCUGGUCAUUAGUGCAUAAAGUAUCAUCGUCAUGUUGUCAACAUUCAUCAGUCUUUAGGUAUUUUCACCUGCAAAUAAAAAGGCUUAAUUAAACUUUUAUUUAGAGAAAUAAAACCUUAUUGAGGUCAGAGAUUUUUCUUUCAAGGGAGACUUGCUUGAAUAAAAAUGAAAAUCUGAAAGAUAAGUGGAAAUAGAGAACACUGGAAGCCUCAUGGGAGCGCUUAAUAUACAAAUGUGUCCGUUCUUAAUAAAAUGGCAUUUUGAGUUGAAUACAUAAUUGAAUUGGUGGCACAUAACAUGGAAGGAUUAGUGAUGAAUUUAGUUUUAACUACAUUUACAUACAGUCCUGUGGUGGUUCAAAUGUACAACAUAGCUUCCAGUCAACACAAAUAGUUGCUGUGUGAAACCUGUGAUCAUCAUGUCGAUAUUACCUGAAAGUUAUUUCUAAGUUGUGUAUAUUUUUUGUUUGAGCACACAAAAGACAUGGUAAUUGUUGGUCCUCCGUGAAUCACAUUGUGACUACACUAAUUGUCAGUGAUCUAUAUUGUGGAGAUGCAACAGUCAUGUAGCUGAAAUCAACUUUGUCCUUAUCUGCAUGUAAUGAUUCAAGAUUUCCAAUCAUUUUAUAUUGCGAUGUGUAUUAUAUGUAAGGAUCUACUUUGUUUCCCCCCCCCCAAAAAAAAAGUAGGUCUGUGAAAAUUGUUUUGUAAAACUCAGAAUAUAUUUGUCCAUUUUUGCAGUGGUACACAUGCAGUACAGAAUAAUAUAUAGAUAAUGUGGACUGUUUUGUGUAUAUAUACUACUAUAUAUAUAUACUGUACAUAUAAAUGUGCUGCCUGUCUGAAUACCUGGUGUUUCAGGGUAUGUUUUGUAUAAACAUUGUAAGUAUUGUUAGAAAUGGUGCAGUUUAUUUUUGUAUUUAUUUGAGAUAACUGUCUGGAUGUGCAGUGCCAUGUUGUCUCCUUUGCUCUAGAAGCCCGCUCAACUCUCUCAAACACCCUUUCUAAAUUAAUACCAUUAAAACUCUAAAGAAUAUAAUAGUGCAAAUAGUUUAUACAUAUAUAGUUUCAAAAUAAAAAUGUGCAAACACUAUUCCAGCUUGAAUGUUUGAAACUUCACUUGACAUUAACAGUUAAACUAUUUUGUUGUAAAUUAUUAAAGGCAUGCCAGAUAAUUUAAUAUAAAAGUAUAAACGGCUGACCAAUAAAAUGACCUUUAUUGUAUUUUCGAUUAGACUCUGUUAGUGUCCCAUGAUAUUUUUCACUGAUUUUCAGCCAUUGGUUUUAUUUGACUGAAGGGAAUAAUUAAUUUGAUGUUGUGUUUAUGAUAUUUUCAACUCUUUACUUAACCAAAAUUAACACACACGCACAAGAAAAAACAGCACACUUUCACUUAAGCUCAUGAAAAAUACAAAUGUGCAGAUGCAUUAUAGUGCACCUGAAUUUAUCCUUUUCUCCCUAACUUGCCAGAUAGAUAAUCAGCCCCAGAAAACAACAGGCAGUUUUGUGACCAAAGACUCCAUCAGGCGUAAAUAUGAAGUCAGUCGUCAUUGUGAUUUUUUAAUAAUAAGAUAGGUCUGUACUUUUCACCUUUGCAACUAUGUAUCUUGUCUGUUGGUGAGUAAUGUCUCGGGUUCUUUCUUUGCUUUAGGGUCCCAAAAAGAGGUGAGAGGGGCCUGUAAUGUGGCUCCUGUAUGCAAAUCACACUGAUCUUUCAAGACUAGGUCUUUAUGUAUUUAUUUGUAAAAUGUUUGUAAGAUAUUACAAAUUAUCAGUGUCACCUGAGAUAUAAAAUGCAUUUCUUUACUUGUUUUGAACUUUUUUUUUCUUUUAGGCAUUGGAUCGAAAUUCCCACUUCAGCAUGUGUUUUAUGUGUGCUCGGUAAUCAAAUUUGAAGUAAAUAAGUUAUAACUAAAAAAAAAAAAAAAGAACUGCUCAUAUUAGCUCCUUAAUUUAUUGCAGGUGUCUGCAUUUUUGACAGGUUUCUGUAUUUUUGUCCUUUAUAAGCCGCAGUGUCAGCUGUGGCCCGUGUAGAUGUUAUAUGUCUUUCAUCCUUCAUGUUUUUUCUCCUCACACUGUCUCAAAGCACACCUUAGGGUGCCUUACAAUUUCAGUAUCUGUCAAAGAUUGAUCCAUACGUUGUGAUGGGUAGAGUGAGCUGCUUCAAAUAA